GCGCGGGCGGCCGAGCGGUGCCGUCUUCUGCGCAUGCUCCGCCUCUCCUGGCUCCCCUCCCCCCUCUUCAACAGCCCGGACUCGGCUGCUCGGCGACGGCUUUCUCACACUCCUAGAACGACACCAGCAGGCAUCCCCAGACGCCUUGUUCCCUAUUGUCCGUUGCAGCACACCUCUCCCCUCGCGGCUUGGACUCCAUGUGAGCAAAUGGCCAAUGCCGAAGUAAACAUCCCCAUCGGGGACGUGGUGGUUGUGCCGACCGACGGCAACGAAGGCGGGAACCCAGAAGAUACCAAGACCCAGGUGAUUCUGCAGCUGCAGCCCAUACAACAAGGCAGGAUUUAUCAAGAAGGCUCUGAGACCAAUACGGCUGUGGUUGCGGUAGAAGCGCACACCAUCCACAAGCUGGAAGAAGGCAUUGAUCCGAGCACCAUUGAAGCCCAUGAGGAUAUUGAGAUUGCUUACCCCAUCACCUGUGGAGAGAGCAAAGCCAUCCUUCUCUGGAAGAAAUUUGUUUGCCCUGGAAUCAACGUCAAGUGCGUGAAGUUCAAUGAUCAGCUCAUCAGCCCAAAGCACUUUGUUCAUCUCGCUGGCAAAUCUACCCUGAAGGACUGGAAGAGAGCCAUUCGCCUCGAAGGAAUCAUGCUGAGAAAGAUGAUGGACUCGGGCCAGAUCGACUUCUACCAGCACGACAAGGUGUGCACCAACACCUGCCGCAGCACCAAGUUCGACCUGCUGAUCAGCAGCGCCCGGGCGCCCGUGCCAGGUCAGCAAAGCCUGGUCCAGACUCCCACCUCCGCCGAGGGGAGCAUCACGCAGAUUUCAGUGUCCGAGGAAAGCAUGGAGGAAGGGAUUGAGUGGAACUCCGCUCUGACCGCAGCAGUCACCAUGGCAACAGAUGAGGGCACCAAGAAAGACCCAGAUGAGAUUUCAGAGGACACGCUCAUGUUCUGGAAAGGAAUUGCAGACGUGGGGCUGAUGGAGGAAGUCGUCUGCAACAUUCAGAAGGAGAUAGAAGAGGUGCUGAGGGGGGUCCAGCAGAGACUUGGCCAGUCGUCCUUCCAGAUUACCGAUGCUGCUGUCUUAAAUAACGUUGCACAUACUUUUGGUUUGAUGGACACAGUCAAGAGAGUGCUGGACAAUCGGAAAAGUCAAACCGAUCAGGGGGAAGAGCAGUUCCUCUUUACUCUUGCAGACCUGGACCGCCAGUUGGAGGAGCAAAAGAAGCUGGCCAGGGACCAGCGGAUCAAAUCUCAGACAGUCCAGAACGUGGUGCUGAUGCCCGUCAGCACCCCGAAGCCUCCGAAGAGGCCCCGCCUGCAGCGCCCGGCCUCGGCCACCGUCCUGAGCCCCUCGGCCCCCGUCCAGCAGCCUCAGUUCACCGUCAUCUCGCCCAUCACCAUUGCGCCCAUGGGACAGCAGUUCUCUGUGAGCAACAUCCCCGUGGCCACCAUCAGCCAGGGCUCGAGUCCCGUCACCGUGCACACGUUGCCCUCGGGCUCACAGCUGUUCCGCUAUGCCACGGUGGUCUCUUCCUCCAAGACCAGCUCUUCCGAAACAGUGACCCUUCACCCGUCCUCAAGCCUGGCCCUGCUGAGCUCGACGGCGAUGCAGGACGGCGGGGCCCUGGCCAAUGUGGCCACCGUGGUGAACCCUGUCGAACUGGUGGCCAUGGAGUCUGGGCUGACCUCAACCAUCCAAGCCAUAGACGGCACCUCAGAAGACGGGCAAACCAUCAUAGAAAUAGACCCGGCGCCCGACCCGGAAGCCGAGGAAUCGGGAGCCAAAGCUAUGAUUCUGGGGACCGAAGUCAGGACUGAGGAGAAGAUGGUGGCCGAGGUUGACGAGCAUCAGCAUCAGGUCCAUAAUGUAGAGAUCGUGGUCUUAGAGGACUAGCCAGGAUGCCAGAUUAUAACAUUAUUUGAUUCAUCUUCUCUUACUUUUUAUUUGUUUAUCUUUUGUCUUUGUACAGCCUUCUGUAUAGGUCCCAUUGAAUAUUUUUUUUGACAAAUCCACACAGUCCUUUUCACACCCAAAGGAACAACCUGAAUUCGGCGUUCCUGAAUUGAGAGGAUAUUCUGCCACAUCCUCACAUCCAGAAGAUAAACAUACCUCGACUGUUCCAGAGAUCGUUCUCUGAGUGAUUACAGGGCAUAGACCAAGCAUGGGCCAACUUGGGCCCUCCGGGUGUUUUGGACUCCAACUCCCACAAUUCCUAACAGCCGGUAGGCUGUUAGGAAUUGUGGGAGUUGGAGUCCAAAAUACCCGGAGGGCCCAAGUUGGCCCAUGCCUGGCAUAGACCCACAUUUGGUACAUUUGGAUUGUUUCAUAUCAAAAGGAAUAGAGCUUCUUGCUGGAAAUGUGUUCAACUGCUGGAUGAGAUGCAAUUUUAGGAAAACUUAAUUCUACGCCUCAUGUCAUCCAACUCUCCCCCCCAUUUGUAGCUGGAAUCAUAUCAUCUGCUCUUUAUUUUCAAGCCUUUUCUGGUGAUUUUUUUUCCCCAUUUACAAAACUUUAAAGAAUUGCUUAUGCGUUGCGAGCCCAUGCAUGCAUGUGCACACACAUGCACACGCGUGCAUAUGCACAUACAGCAGGGGGGGGGGAGAAAAAGAAUCUGAUGUAGCAUCCAAGAAUAUAGCAUUAAUUUCCUGGAUGUAUCAAAUGUGGAUUGUGCUGUUGCAUGCUGGGAGAGCUAGGCUCAGCAGGCUGGGCAUAGCGUGCUGUUUCUUGCAUGCCAGGAACCAUACGAAGCUCACUAGCUCUUUCUAUAUAUGCGUGUAUAUGUUUGGUGUUUAAAACCUUUUGGGAAAAAAAAAACAGUUUGCAGGAUUCCAGCUGACACAUCACUUCAGCAAUUUGAAAGUCUCUGGUCUUUUAUUCUUAGUUUGGCCGGAGAUAAUUCUUUCUUUUGUUCUUAGUUUCUGUAAGAAGAGUGAAGAAGGGAUUUUACUUCCUUCCUCUUCAUUUCUCCAAAUUUGGAGUGUGAGAAAAUCCAUUUGGGUUGAACUGUUUAAAACCCAGCAGCAACAGUAUUGUGAGACAAGGAGAGAGAGAGAGAGCUAUUUGUUUUGUUUUUGCAUUAAAAGGUCAUAUGGAAGCAAAAGAAAAAAA